AUGCCUUCGUUCACAAUUACUUUCGACGAGUCCGAGAAACCUUCGGACUGGCCCCGACUCCGCAGCAUAAUCGCACCAACUCUCCUCGUCGAUUACACUUCAAUCGGCAAACCUAAAUGGCCCGACAUGAGUGCCACCGAUUUUAUGGCUAUGGUUACCGACGAUGACUUCCUCGGCGACCCCUGUGUGAAAACACAACAUCUUCUCGGCGCCACGCGAUGGGAACGCAUCUCUGACACGGAAGUAAUCGGGCACCAUCAACUCCGUGCAGCCCACCAGGUUUAUACAGAUGCGAGUUUGAAACACGUCAAGCUGAGGGGACAUAGCCACGCGACAAAUGAGCAUUAUUAUCGCAAGGUGGAUGGAGUAUGGAAGUUUGCAGGGUUGAAACCUACGGUUAGGUGGAAUGAACAUGAUUUUGAGAAGGUGUUCAAGGGUAGUUUCAAGAAGUAG